ACCCACGUGUAGUGUUUUCCACAUCCUCACUGUGAUUUCGCCCAUGUAGUCAUGUCUGUGUGCGUCGUGUGCGGCUCUUCCGACUUUGGAGACCCGCACGAUGGUCUUUUCUUCUGUCUGGAGUGUGGAACGCAGUCACAAGACGUGCGUGUGGAGGUUUCACAGCUGGAGGAGGGACGAGGCAGAUACACCAGGUCUCUCAGGACAAAGAAAGGAAAAUCUAAGAAAACGGAGGGUGAGGAGACGGAACAUUCUCUACCUCUGGAGAUAUUCCAGAAGGUUAUCAAGAGGCAGUGUGAUGCUGUGGUAGCACUCGGCUUUGAUCCAUCUGUCAAGGAGGCAGCUCGACUGAUCUGGUUCACUUACCUCAGACACUACGGCUAUGCCUUCAGGGAGGAGGGCAGGAGUGUCAGUGGCCGAACUCAGAACAAACUUCAGUUCUGUCCGUCCUCUUCGCAACCUGGCCCAAGUGGUAGUGGAUUACAGUUUGACCGUGGGACAGUAGCUCUUGUUAGGGUGAGGGGGAGAAGAGGGCAGAAGAGACCAGCAGACAGUGACAGCACAGAGUCUUCUGGCACAGUUAAAAAGGCAAAAACGACUGCUGCAAAAACUGCUGGAUACGAUACUUUCCCUGAUGAUAAGUUCUUGUUUGAGACGGCGAAUAAGAGUAAAAACACAACAGAGAACUGGAACUGAGCCAGGGAGCGAGUAAGACAACGGAUAAGAGUAAAAACACAGUAGAAAAAUUGGAUCUGAGUCAAGUAGCACGUGAGACCACGGAUGCUGCAGAGAGUGUACGGAUGAUGGAAAGCCUGCGAAGCUGGGAGGAGCUAGAGGAACUAGAGAGAGCCAUGGACUGUCGCCAGCUCCUUGCGUUUCGCCAGGCGUACCUCUCGGCCCACGGAGAACUGAAACCAAAGUUUGUUGCUGAAACUGAGUCGUGGGGUUACCAGCCAAGAGUCUUCAAGCUUCGCACAACAGUCAGUCUGUUGUACCUGGCACUGUUGUACACUGAGCAACCUGUGCUCCCUGCUGACCUGAUCAGGUGGGUUAAAAAUGAGAAGAUUCCUCUCCAUACUCCACUUGAAGAAGAUAAUGAUGAUGACAGCUCUAGAAAUAAAGACAAGGGUGUCCUUUUCACAACAAUGCAGACAGUCACUACGCCUGCUGUCAUUGAGAAUGCCUUCAGACUGUACCUCCACCUCCCUCUGCCUCCUCUGCCCACCCCUGACCCCAGGGCCAUCAGCCACAUCAUCAUUGACAGGCUCAGACUCACAGAGUGUUUCAAGAGACUGGUUGAUAGAGCUAUGGCAACAGUUUAUCUGCCACUGGGUUUCACUGGUCGAAGGUUGGACCUGGAGUGUGCAGCUGUCAUUAUUAUCAUGCUCAGGAUACUGUAUGGACUAGAUGACCGUGUGGAGCUUGAAGAGUGUCUGACUGAUGCAAGUGGCCAUGACGAUCUCACUACUGAUAACUCCCUCCCUAUCUGGGUGGACUGGGUCCAAGUCUACUGUACUCGGAUCUCGUCCACCUCCUCACUGGACGACGAUGCCCCUCCCAAUCUCAUAGAUCCGAGGAGCUCUAAGAGCUGCCAGCACUACCUCAAAUUCUGUAAAGACGUAGUCUUCUCCAAGUGCAGAUCUGCUCCAGUUCCUGGAUCAAAAUCCGUUCAAAGAUUUGAGCCUGCUUUCAGCAGAAAGAUUUCAACCAUUUUUGCAAGUGUAUCUAAACUCCAGUCUGCCACAGAGGAUGCUAAACUAACACUACCAGCCGAUCCUCCCUCUCCUUUGCCUGCUUCUGACCCUCGCUCUACCGACAACACAACUGACAACUAUACCCCUCGACUGGUACACGUCUCUCGCUUCAUCGAAAACCCCAAGGCCCCCUGCACCACUUAUCGGCCCCUCCCCACCUCCCACAAGUGGUACGAAGACCUGGAAGAGACUCGGCUAUCUCAUUCGAUGAGGUUCCUUAUCUCAUCCGUGUGCGAGAUCAUUGACACAACUCCUAAAAGUCUGUAUACCGUUCUACUGGCUGUUGAUAUGGCCUUCGUUGAAGGAAUAUCUGUAACACUGAGGAACAGUUGCUCUAGAUUUCCUGUCAGAAAAGUGAUUCUCUCUCUUGUGAAAAUUUGAUGGCUGAGGAGUGAAAAAUUUAUGAUGUUUUGAGAUGUUUACUAAGUGACUAGUGAUAGGAUAUUGAGAGACAAUGUGCCAAGUUCUUUACAAGAAGUGGAGCUACUUCAUCUGGUGUCACUACAGGGAGAAAGAAAAAACAACAUUACAAGAAAAUAUUUUCUGGAUAAUGUUAGGUGUGUAUACCUGUUCUAUUGAGUUGAUAUGAAAGAGAGGUGACCUGUAGGUCAGGGAUGCCACACGGGACGAUGUGGUCAAACCACGAGAGGUUUGGACAGCAGUUGAGACCCAGACCAUGGAACGACACUCCGUGACUCACUUGGAUACCUGGUGUUCACUUCCAUUGGAUUCGUUUUCCAAAAAACAGAGUUUCUGUCU